CCGGAAGUAAACACACAGAAGGGCACAAGCGACCGUGAGAGCUGGCAUAUUUUUUACACCUCAGUAAUUGUGAACUUUUAGGGUCCAGUCGUACCGUAGUAAGCCCCCCUAAAAUCACAGUUUCUUCGAAACUGAUCUUUGGGACAGGGAGUGAAGUAUCCAAUGUCGAACUGUGUUUCCUUUCAUACCCAGCUAGCCUCCAUCAUGGAGGUGCUGGCGAACGCGGCCGUGGCAGAGAUCUGCAAACUCGUAGAUGAUGGCUACGCGGUUCUACGACUGGAAGUGUCCGAAAGCCGAAAAGAGAACAAAGCUUUGAAGAGGAAACUGCAGCUGAUGGAGAUGCGGGUCGCGAGAGAUGCCUCUGUAAACAACCGACCUGACAGAACUAAGGUCUGCAGCGCACUAAGACGAACCACGAGAGAAGAGGGCCCUUUCCCAGGUGCACAGAGGGUUUUCCGCAAACCGGCGAACCGGGGUUUGACUAGAGAUGGAGAGGCUGACGUCACGGCCGUGGAUGGAGACGGAGCUCCGACGCACCCCGUGGUCACGUGGGACGAGUGUGUAGACCUGGAGGAGGAAAGGUCCAAGUCACUUCCUGUCAAAGAAGAGAAACAGGAAGAGGAGAGUGACCCACUGAAAGGACCCCAUUUUCCUGGAGAGAUUGUGGAUUUGGGAGCCGAAGGAGGCAAAAGAUCCCCAGCGACAGACUCACAGACCGGCCCGGGAAAAGGCACAGAGGAGCUCACGGGCACUGAGCAGCACCGGACCCGACACGGUGUUUGGGAGUGUGCAGACACGGAGGAGGGAAGGACUGAAGCGCUUCUGAUAAAGGAGGAGAAGCUGGAAGAGGACCGAGACCCACAGAGAGAGAUGAACUCCAGGCAGGAGAGGGCUGAGGAUUCCGGCUCUGAAGGCGAUGAUGUGGGUCAGGCAGCCAAUUACCCGGAGGAGGAGGCGAGGCCCGUUUGGCAGGUCGGCGGGCUGGCGGCCGUCCUGGGGGAGGAGCCUAAGGGAAGGGGCGUGGCCAGGGGGCUGCGGGGGCAUGCGGAGUGCCUGAUGUUCGAGGGGCCCGGACUGUCCCGGCCAUUUUUCUCCCAGGGGGGAGGUGAUGGGGACGGCAUGGGGGUGGGGGGUCCCCCGUGCCCGUACGGGAUGGUGGGCGGCCCGCUGGCCCCCCCGGAGCUCCCCCCCCCCACCGCGGACGACUCUGCCACCUCUCUGGCGUCCUUGGGCCCGCUGGACUGGAAGGCCGACCCGGGGCUGAUCGGCUCCAAACUGCGCCCGCAGCUCCCCCUGCUGGCGGCCGGGGAGAACGCGCAGUGCGGCUCCGACGGCUUUGGCGGGAGCGGGUUUGGCCAGGGCGGCGGCGUUGGCGGCGCUCACGGACGCGCCGGCGGGCGGGAGAAGCGUUUCUUCUGCUCGUUCUGCGGGAAGGGCUUCAGCUUCCCCAAGCAGGUGGAGAUCCACCAGCGGGUGCACACCGGCGAGAAGCCCUUCAGCUGCACGCAGUGCCGGCAGCGCUUCUCCCACUCCGGCAACCUGAAGAGACACCAGCGCGUGCACACGGGCGAGAAGCCCUUCAGCUGCACCCUGUGCGAGAAGCGCUUCUCCCACCUGCACCAGCUGAAGAUGCACCAGAGGAUCCACACGGGGGAGAGGCCCUUCGCCUGCGCGCACUGCGGGAAGAGGUUUUCCGAGAGGAGCUACCUCAGGAUACACCAGCAACGGAGCCAUUCCGGCGUGUACAACGUCAGAUGAGGGGGCGUAAACCUGAACUGGCUAAAGGAAAACCGUCAAGUCUGUGUUUCCUAGAUGCAGGGUGUCAGAGGUUGCAACUUGGUGUACUUCACACUUUAAUAAACAUUCGAAGAUGCAUGAGUUUAACUGUCACAUCCGUCAGCUGCUGAGUUCCAGUGCAGCAGCGCUGGAAAGGGAUGCACGCGUGAAGGAAGCAGCUGCAUUACCGGUGAUUUGCUGGUCUGAACCAAUCACUGCUGUGGGGAUCAAAGUCUUGUGAUUGGUUCGUACAGCGUGAAUCAGUGAUUGAUGGUCCACGGUGGCUCCACCCUCAGUCAGGAUCAAGAAGCCCUUGUUCUUACGUCAAUAAUGGACAGUUUAAAUUUGAGUGGAUAUUUCAAACUGACAAGCAAAUCCAGGCAGUGAUUUGAACAUACCCCGGCAGAUUUGAGCUGCUGUAGAGCUGAAGGGGUGGGGAGCCUGCCUGUUUUAUGCUAUGAUAGUUCUUGUGUGGUUACAUGUCAUUAUUCUGACCGAAAGUCAGUUCAUCUGGGGCCUGUAUCAGGAAGCAGGACUACAUUGAGUAAAACUCGGAUCCCUCCCAAGUCUGGAACAUGGACUGAAGUAGACUGAAAAGAGCUGUUCUGGGGUUUACUCGACACAGUUAUCCAGCUAACUCCAUAACCCAAGCGGGUAUUUCACAAAGCAGGGUUACUGAGUUAGCUGGAUAACUGCACUGAGUAAAACCGGAACAGCUCUUUUUAACUCAGUCCAUGUCCCCGAUUUGGGAAGGUCCCGGGUUUUACUCCGUGCAGUUAUCUAGCGAUCUCAGUAAUAAUCCUGCUUUGUGAAACAGGGUCGUACAGGCGUUUUCAAGUCAGUUGCUAAUCCAAAGACAACAAUAUAUUAUUAGAACGCAGAAGAAUGAAAUUGCCAUCCCAGUAGAAGGUGUUCAUGGUGUUUUUAUAGUUUUAGCAACCAUUUAUAACUGUGCCUUACUUCACAUUAAAUUGUUUGCAUAUUUUACCCCCACUGUACACUGUGACACACAAAAGACAGCAUGAUUUCCUUUGUCAGGAAUAAGGUACAUGCUUCAAAGGACAAUGAAAGGGACGCUCCCGGUCAAAAGUUACUACAGAGAGCUGUGUCAGUGUCAUCAGUAUUAAAAUACGGAAAUGCAAUAAACGUUCUCAAGCAAGGGUUUUAAAUGUGUUGAUUUAUCAGGAAUAAACAAA